AAUAUAUACUGAGGAUCACCUUCUUUGCUGGUUAAGAAGAUUUGGCCAGGAACUUCUAGAACUGAGAGAUUUUUUACAGCAAUGCAUUUAGAUUUUAACACCCUCAGAGUUCAUUGACCAUGAAUGUAUGAAGAAAAACAAGAGGAAGCCAAGGUAAGCAAUUGAUAGUUUCAGAACUACUUCCCUACUUUUGAACUUUGAAAAUUGUGUUGCUUGUGGGGGGCGGGGCGGGGAAAGCCUGGUAACUUGAGUUCAAUGAGUUAUUUAUUUAUAGGAAUGGUGUUAAUUUGAAGUGAUUUCCCCCCCCCCACUUGCUUGUAAAAAGUUUGUUUUUUCCCUAAAUGAAUUUUAUUCUGAACAUUCUAACCAUUGGAGGCAGUUAGAUUUAGAAGUAUUGUUUACAUGUGGCAAGCUGCUGAUACUUACAAUAAAAAAUUCCCCUGUAUGAGAUUUAAGACUUAAUUUUAGAAAGGUAUUUCUCAAUUUAUUAUUCAGAAGCAAAACUGAAAUUUCAUAAAUUCAAAUGGUGAAGUCUUGCCAUAUUACAAAAUUUUGGAUAGCAAAAUUUUGGAUCUGCUUUUAUUGCUGAUGGAUUUAUUUUGUUGUUGCUGUGUUUUAAUGGAUUUUAUUGUAAACUGCCUCAGGGGGUAUGUAAAUUCAUUUAAGAAAUCUCUAUAAAACUCCUGGAGCACCGCACCACUUCUGCAUUAGUUUUCAAAUGUUCCUUUGUGUAUGAAAUACUGUUAUGACAACAGCAAAUGAAGCAUUAAUGCAAUCAUUGAGUCCCAUGAGUGAGUGUUUUCAUUUCUACCUGGUUUUAUCCACUGCAACUAAAAUCUGAAUAGCUAAUUUGCUAAAGGGAGCUAAAAUCAAUUGAAUCCAGAUGUAAAUCCACUCAUGUCCUCUAUGCAAAGAUUAACAAAAGAAGCUAUCUAUUGAAGCAGCUCAGGUGACUAGGAAUUUGAGAUAAGGAAUUCGAAGACUGUUCAAAUUCAUUGAAUUAAAAUGGAUGUGUUGAGGCAAAAGAGAAAAGUUUUUAAAGCUUGCUCAAAGGAAAUCAAGGAGUGUUAGAAACAUUUCCAGUGUGUUUGGAAAGUUAUGUUUGUAUUCUUAUAUUGAGUAAAGACAGCAAAACUGAUUGUGUUUACCAUUUCCCACUGUUGUGAGUGGUCACUUGGCUUAUCUUCAGAAAUGUCACAGGCUAUUAUUCUUUUUCCUUUCAUUCACAUUUGGCCUCAUUUCCCACCCUCUAUACUUGUUACCUGGAGAUAAUUGCUUCAUGCAUCUGAUGAGGUGAUUCAGCAAAGGUUUAUGCUGCAAUUAAAUCUGUCAAGAUUUUAAAGUGACAGCAACACUCCCUGUUCUUUUGGGGCAAGUUAUGGUGAUUACCUGGGGCUACAGAAAACUUUUAAGGACGCUGAAAAUGGUUUGACAGCAGCAUCACUACCUGUGAUGAAGGUACACACAUUUUGUUCCUUUACCAUCUGAUUGGAUAAGUUUUGUAUACAAUGAAAAAAACGUGUAGGCAACAGUGGGUUGUUGAAAUUACAGCAAACUACCUUAAACACUCUGAAAUACAUGAUGUCUUGAUGCCUUGCUCUACCAAAAGAUAUUAUAAGAAUAAAUGAGGUCUUGGAAGGCUAAAGGUUACCCACAUCUGUCAACUUUCCCUUUUUUUGUGGAAAAUUCCCUUAUUCCAGCACCGUUUCCCACUGCUUCCCGCUGCUAUCCCUGAUUGUUAGAUAUCCCGUAGACAGUCCCCGGGACAGGUGAGGCUGCUGAUCCCUUAUUUUUGUGGCUGCUGAUCCCUUAUUUUCAAAGUUGACAGCUAUGCAUCUGCCCUGCCUUAUUUUACAGAUUCAAAUAAAUUAGGGCAGGUGUGGGUAAUCUUUGGCCCUCCUGGUGUUGCUGGACUGCAACCCCCAUCACCACUGGCCAUCGGCCAUUCUUGGUGGUUUCAGUGAUGUCUAGAAGGCCCAAAGUUGUAUUCUUAUAUUGCCCUCCAGAUGUUGUUGGACCCCCAAUGCCCAUCAGCUCCCGCUGGGGGUGGGAAAUGUGCUUUAAAGGUAUGGUAUGUACACAGCCUUUGCUAUAUAGUGGACGCUCGGGUUGCGAACGUGAUCCGUGCGGGAUGCACGUUCACAACCCACAGUGGCGUGUCUGUGCACGCGCAGGUUGUGAUUCGGCGCUUCUGUGCAUGUGCGACCGCUGAAACCUGGAAGUAACCUGUUCCAGUACUUCUGGGUUUUGGCGGUCUGUAACCCGAAAAAAUGCAACCUGAAGCAUCUGUAGCCCGAGGUAUGACUGUAGUUGUCAAUUUUAAGCAAACAUUGCUUACCAAUUAUUUCAUUUCUGAUCUUGAAUACUUCAUUCUUGCUGGAUUUACCUUCCUAUGAUCUUUGUUCAAGACAUUGGCUAUGAUAAUGGGAAGAUGCAUCAAAAGGAGGGUUUUUUUGUUAUUAAUUUUAUUCAAGAUUUAUUCUGAUUCUGCAUUGAGAAGAUGCUGAAAAACUGUGAUGUAUCAAAAUUUUAUGUUGUUGUUAUAUAUUAUACCCUGCCCAUCUGGCCGGGCCUCCCCAGCCACUCUGGGUGGCUGCCAACAGGAUAUUAAGAAUACAAUAAAACAUCAAACAUUAAAAACUUCCCUAAACAGGCUGCCUUCUGAUGUCUUCUAAAAUCAGAUAGUUGUUUAUUUCCUUGACAUCUGGCGGGAGGGCAUUCCACUGGGUGGGCGCCACUACUGAGAAGGCCCUCUGCCUGGUUUUAUAUCACUUUGAUAAAAUAAAUCUUAUUUUAAACUUUUAUAUCUGUUUCAUUUUAAGGCUGCAAUCCUACAUGUACAUACAUGUAACCCCUGCUCCCCUUAAACUAAAUGGAGCUUCCAUCUGAGUAAACAUGCAUAGGAUUAGACUGUGAGCCAGUGUGACAUAAUGGCUUUUGCUGGAUUAGGACAAUUGAGGCUGAGGUUCAAAUCCCUAUUCAGCCACGAGACUCUAGGGUGAUGAUAAACCUGUUACCAUUGCUCCACCUAACCUACCUCACAGGGUUGUUGUGUUGAUUCUCCUCUUCCCCCAUUUUAUGACAUCUUCUAUUCUUUGAGAGUAAAUGAAUAAAAAUGUAAGAAAGAAAUUAUUUUUUAAAAAAAUCUUUCAAAACAUACAUAAGAAAGGUUCUGCUAGACAAGGCCCAAAGUCCACCAGAUUUAUUUAGCAUAAAGUGGCAUGCUCAACAUGCAAGCCCAGGAGAUCUUCAUCCUGGUAUUUCUUGUUAGCAAUACCAUCACAUUCUCCCAUAUAAAUAAUAUAUUAUUAUUAUUAUUAUUAUUACCCUUUUGGAGAGGUGAGCCACAGCUGCCUUGCAAAUACACUUGCCCAGCUCAGCACUGAUGGAGGGGUUGUGGGUUAUAGUGGAGCCCAGGUCGACAAAAUCUUCUACCACUUCACAAAUGUGGUCACCAGUGCUGAUGCGUAGAGCGCUGGUGACAUCUUGACCCAGGAUGUUGGCCUUUGUCAGGUUGGUGGUAAGGUCAAACUCCAUGCAGACUUGGGCAAGACAGCUGAUGAGACUCUGAAGAGCUUCCUAAAUUAAGCUGAAGGCUGAAGUAUUUAUGAUGGAGAAAAGGACACAGUGAAAAUAUGGAUUUUGCUACUGCUGAAUGGUCAACAACUCGGAUGGAUUUAAAAGGGAAUUAGACAAAUUCAUGAUGGAUAAGGUUAUUAUUAGCCAUGGUGGCUGUGUACUACCUCCAGCACUGGAGGCAGUAACGACCCUGAAUGUGGAAAUCGAUCAAGAGAGUGCCACUGUGCUCAUGUGAUUCUAGUGGACGUCCUUCUUGCAGGUGGUUGUGAGAGAAGGAUGCUGAGCCUUUGAUUUGAUCCACCAGGCAGGGCUUUUCUUGUUAUGCUGCCACUUCUUACUAACAACUUGCUUCAGAUGUGCUUUGAUAGAUCCCAAGCCAAUUUGAUAGAUUCAUUAGAUUUCCUCUUAAAAAUAAUUACCCCAUUCAGCCUCUCUCUGCAUGUAUACUGAGGCAUCAUGGGAUCUCUGCCUGGCUUGGGUGAAAUCUUCAUCAGUCCACCCUUUCUCUUUUACCGCUUGCCCUUCCAUCUUCAGCCCAGAGUCACUGAUUAACUGGUAACUCUGCUAUCUCUGUCACCCAGUAUCCCCUCAGCCCCAAGAGGUCAGAAAGCAAACAGGGAGCUUGCAGGGAAUGAUUUCUCUACCAGCCUGACAAAAAACCAAAUGAGCAAACACAAGAUGGUGGUGGAGCCACCAUUGUUCUGUGAAUAGCAGUGUCACAACUAACCAUAACUGUGCCCAAUGUGGGAUACAUAUGGUGUCGCCCCUCAUGUUAUUGCUAUAUAGAUAUCUAUUUAAAUUAGAUCCACAGAUUUUAAAGUAAAUAAGAAAAGUUAUUAUCAGUGCUGGCUGGUAGCAUUUUGACUUGAUAGGGUUGCAAUUGUUUAACCUUGCUGUUUUCAGCACGGUAGGAGUUGUACAGCAUUUAUUUAUGAAAGUGUGUCAUCAGGUGUGUAAAGUGUCACUGUCCCCUCACUAACCCCACCCCUGUAUUCUGUGAAAAUCUAUCGUCAGGGGAAGAGUCUCCAUUUAAGAGGACCCAAGUGUGAUUUUCAGACAAGAUUUAACUCCAUUGCUCUUAUUUAGAAAUUAGGCCAUACCACAUGACAUAAGAUUCUGUAUUCAUGUAUUGACUACUCUUACAUAUCCAUUGCCAAACCUCAUCACAAACACACAAAUGGUUUUUUAAAUGUGAGCAGCACUUGCUUCCAGUUUCAUGCAGUUUUCCUUCCCUCAAAAAACAACAUUGUAAUUUUUCCUUAUCCAAAACACAUUUUCCCUCUAAAUUAAAAGCAUCAAUUUUUUUUUAAAAAAACGAUUGUUUAAUUUGAGCCAGGGCACAUGAGAGCACAUCACAAUAUAGUGGAAAUGCGUGGCUCAGUCCUCAAAAUGUCAAGUAACUAUCUCUGCUCAGGGGUAGAGUACAUCACACCAGUGUAAUCAUAAUCAGCCUUUAAAGUCUGAGAGUAGGGUGAAUAUCUUCCAGCUUUGGGGGAUAUGGAGUCUGUCAGUGUGAUACUCAGACAGGGCUAGACACCAAUUUUUUCCUUUUAGAAAUUCAUUGAAAAAACUCAUCAAAUUACAGGGGGUUGGAUUAGAUGACCCUUAGAGUUCCUCCCAACUCUACAAUUGUAUGAUUCUAAAUAGUAACACCAUUUCUCUUCAUUUUGCAUUCAAUGUAUUCUGAAGUUAGACAAGAGGAGGGGUUUGUUGGAAGCAGAACCACACACAUUUUGUGGAAAUACUCUAAAAAAUAUUCCGGAAUUGCACAUGGCUUAGAAUCAGUCACCCUGUUACCACUCAGUUAGGUACUGCAGCUUUUAAUGAGUGUAUGCAGGAAAAAGUUAAUACAGAAUGUGUUGCAAUACAUACAUACACAAGUCAUCCAAUAUUCUCCUCAACAAUCCAGUUCACAAAAAUAAAUACAAAAUGAAUAAGUAGCAAAAUAGAUAUUUACUGUAGAAAGAAACAUACACUUUGCCCACUGUUGCUUGUGCGCUCUCUCUCUCUCUCUCUCUCUCACUCACACACACACACACACACACGUUUUACAAAGAAAAUACCAAAACCAAAUAAAAGCUCCUCAAAGCAGGAAACACUAUUUGCUGCUUCUCUGGUUACCAGAACUGGCCAAAAGCUAUGAGGAGAUAUGGCCUUCAAGAAACAGCAUGCUCAGAGCAUGCUCAGAACAGAUUAAGGAGUCUGAUAGGCUACCAUAUGAUGCAGGGAUAAGCUUCAAGGGUUUGAACCCUAAUUUGAUAUAGUGGCUGGUGGUUAGCCUUUCUCACAGCAGAGUGGGAACCUGCUCAGCAUGGGCUGAAUGGUCCCAGUCACAUUUCCCCCCCCCUGCCCAAAGUGACAUGGGAAGGCCAUAGUUUUGGUUUAGGACUGGCUGAGUGAUUCAGAGAGCCGAUUGACAGAAACGCCUCCACAAGCAUUUGUAAGCUCAAGGAUUCUUGUGAGUGGUGCAAAGAGCUGAUUGGCCAGAGAACAGGAGAUUGGCAGAAAUACCUCCACAAGCCAAUGCAAGUUCAUGCAAGUACAAAUUUGGGGGGGGGGCAGGAAAGAUUGUGUGUGUGUGUGUGUGUGUGUGUGUGUGUGUGUGUGUGUAAGUGAUUUGGUGGCGGGGGGGAGGACUUUUAUUUUAUUUUAAGGCUUGAUACACUAUUGGGAGGGCUGUACCUCAGUAACAAUAAUGGAUUACAAUAAUGGUUACAGUACCAGACUAUUGUUUUAUGAAAAUGAGGAGCUUGUUAAGACUGCGGGGAAUUGUAGCUCAAGGAGGGGUAAAAUACAGUUCCCAUAAUUUUUUUUGGGGGGGGGGACACAGUGUGCUUUAAAUGUAUAGUGUGUAUGCAGCCUGAGUCCAUUUGCCAAUAAGCAGAAUAGAGAGGUCACAUUACAUAUAAUCACUUAUGAGCACCUCACCAUCCCUUGAUUACAUUUUCUCUACUGUAUUGUUCCUUAAGUUCCAACUGGAGUCCAAUUGUUAGCAUUUGAAUGAAGGCUGUGUUAUACUGUAAUGAGCUCAAACAGCUCCUGGAAAACGGGUGUGGAAGGUGUUCUCAUGUAGCCAGAGGCAGUUCUCUUUAGACAGCCACAGGCAUUAAUAGUUUCAAAACUCCUGAAAGAAACAGGCACAUCACUGGAGCUGGCAAAUUUGUUUUCCAUGCAAUUUCCUCCUCUUUCAAGGUGAAGCUUCUAUGACGAAGAUUAUCAGUUUUCUUCCAUAGUUGUGGUUGCAAGAAGCACACUAGGAAAGAGGCUAGGGUUGGGUUUUUUUGUUUUACAUUUCUGCCCCUUUGUGUUUUUGUGGAAUUUGCAUGGAUUUUUUUUAAAAAUCUAUUUUAAAUUGAUGUAAUGUUACUAAAAGGGGCUUAUUUUUGAGGACUAAUUAGUGCUUUGUAGUUCAGUGCUAGUUAGAAUAGUUUUACUGCAUAGGAUGGGCCCCUGAAGCUUCUUUUCUGAUGACUCAAAUCAUUGCCCAUUUAAGACAGUAGCCCCUCUAACAGGCCUCUGGGAGGACCAUCUUUCCAGGUUCAGCUACUAAGAUUUUUUAAAAAGAAAAAUUGGCUGGAGAUACAGGGAUUGAACUGGAAUGUGAAUUCUGGGUCCUUUUCCUAAUAAAGAGAAAAGCCAGUGAAGAGAGUAUCCAAGCAGGAAUCUCUGGUUCUCCAAAUGUUAUUGGACUCCAACUCCCAUCAGUUUAAGUCAGCGUGAUCAAUGGGCAUGGAUGAUGGGAGGUUAGAGUUAUACAAGAUCUGGAAGAUCACACAGUCAUCUUAAGCAUGGUAGCUAUUGUAAAGCAGUUGGCUGAAUGGUUUAUCCCAAACACUGAUCACUGGCAAAUCCAUGUACUGCAGAGCCAUUUUUAAAAUGCAGUAGUUCUGUUUGCAUGGACUUGCUGUGCAUUUGACAAGCCAUUGUUAGGAACAGCUAGCUCCAUCAAGCAAAUGGCCCAUCUAGUCCAGCAUCCUGUUCUCUUGGUAGUUAACCAGGUGCUUAUUAUUAUUCUUCCCAGUUGUGAUUCCCAGCAACUAGCAUUCAGAUGCCUCUGACAGUGGGGGUAGAACAUACGUAGACAGCAUAGCUAGGUAUCUGAAAAAGUGUGCAUGCACAUGAAAGCUUAUACCAAGAACAAACUUAAAAGGUAAAGGUAAAGGUACCCCUGCCCGUACGGGCCAGUCGUGUCCGACUCUAGGGUUGUGCGCUCAUCUUACUUAAGAGGCCGGGAGCCAGCGCUGUCCCGAGACACUUCUGGGUCACGUGGCCAGCGUGACGAAGCUGCUCUGGCGAGCCAGCACCAGCGCAGCACACGGAAACGCCGUUUACCUUCCCGCUAUAAAGCGGUACCUAUUUAUCUACUUGUACUUAGGGGUGCUUUCGAACUGCUAGGUGGGCAGGAGCUGGGACCGAAAGACGGGAGCUCACCCUGCCGCGGGGAUUCGAACCGCCGACCAUGCGAUCGGCAAGUCCUAGGCACUGAGGUUUUACCCACAGCUCCACCUGCGUCCCUAGAACAAACUUAGUUGGUCUCUAAGGUGCUACUGGACUAUUUAUUUAUUUAUUUAUUUAUUUAGACUGCAUCAGACCAACACGGCUACCUACCUGAAUCUAGAAGCAUAGCUAGGAGACAUUGACAGCCACAUCCUCCAUUAAUCCUUUGAAACCAUCCAAGCUGGUGGCCAUUCCUGCCUCUUAUGGGAGUGAGUUCCACUGUUUAACUAGGCACUAUGUGAAAAGGAUGGGACACGGGUGGCGCUUUGGUCUAAACCACAGAGCCUAGGGCUUGCUGAUCUUCCAUUGCUCGGUCCCUGCUCCUGCCAACCUAGCAGUUCAAAAGCAUGUCAAAGUGCAAGUAGAUAAAUAGGUACCUCUUCGGCAGGAUGGUAAACGGCGUUUCUGUGCGCUGCUCUGGUUUGCCAGAAGCGGCUUAGUCAUGCUGGCCACAUGACCCGGAAGCUGUACGCCUGCUCCCUCGGCCAAUAAAGUGAGAUGAGUGCCGCAACCCCAGAGUCGUCCAUGACUGGACCUAAUGGUCAGGGGUUCCUUCAUCUUUAUGUGAAAAGUAAAUUAUUUGCAGCAAAUCUUCCAGACGAUUGCUCUGAGCAUAACAAAGCCAGAUUCUACAGCACCAAAGUUGAACUGAUCCACAUGGCAAAUUAUCCACAGCUUGACUCUAAAUUACCGCACUGCACUAAAAGGGAGGCUAGAAGCUCUGUGUAAAGACUCCUGCCACUGAAGUUGUAGAUCUGGUAGGUUAACCUGAUGCUAUUAAAUACCAUAGCAAUAAAAUGCACACACAUUUUAAUGACUGAAAAUAUGCUAUUGUGAUGAGGAAAGGAAGGCCGACUGAGGUUUAAUGUAAUGUUAUUAAUCUAGAUUUCCAAGACAGCCUACAAAAGAGAGCCAUAAAACAAAUAUAAAACAGAUCAAAAACAUCAGAAACAAAAGCAAUUAUCGUUGCAAAAGUAAAAAUACAAAAAGCAGUAGAUAUAAAAUCAGUUAAAAUCCUGGGCAAUUUUUUAUUUUUUUUUAAAUGUCAAAACAUUUAUUUAUGACAUGUACAUCCCAGCGUUUCUCCAAGGAGCUCAAUGUGGUGUACAUAGGUCAUCUCCUCCCCAUUUUAUCCCCACAAGAACCCUGUGAGGUAGUUAGGAGUGAGUGACUGGCCCAAGGUGACCCAGUGAGCUUCAGUGCCAAGUGGGAAUUCGAACCCUGGUCUCCCAGGUCCUAGAUGGACACUCUAACCCCUAUACCACACUGGCUCCAAUGUUCCACACAGAUGUUUCAGGCCUAGCCAUACCUACAUUUUGCCUUGCAGCCCUCUAUUUGUGGCUGAAUUAGCUCAAUAAUGUUAGUCAAGAAAUUUGUGCAUGUCAGGGUCCCCUGAUUCUCUACUUCAUCUCAGAAAAGAUGUUGAAACGUUUUAGCUUGUUAAUGUUUGUGGGACUGAAGUAUCUCCACCCUUUUCUGUCCCUUUGGGGGAUAGAACAGCUGUUUUUAAAAUCAAGAUAAUAGAACUUGUGGGUGGGGGCUCAAGAAACAGAGUUUUGCAGCCUAGUUCUGUGCAUGGCAUUGUGACCUGUUGAGGGAAUACCAGAGCCUUUCAGUGCAGCAAACAUAUGCAGGAUCAGUGCUGCGCACCAGCCACCCAGUUUCAGGGACUGCUGCCGAUAGAAUGGUGCCACAGCUACAUUUCUAAUUAGUACAUUUAUUUCUGUCUGGGGCUCUUGAAUCUCUUUAGGUCACUUGUUUAUGAAAAGGCGAAGUGCCUGAGACCUACUUCACCUCUGCUAUGCUUUGUCCCUUCUAUUCAGUUCAGUUCUCCUUACCAAAAAGAAAGGAGGGGUUGUGAGGAAGGGGGGGGCGUCUUCUCUUCUGUAUUCCUCUUCGUUCAAUCCUUUGCUAGCCUCUAGCUUCUAGCUAAUUGCACACCAUCCUCCACACACACACACACACACACACACACACACGUAUAUUUUUAUAUAUAUGUUUAGUGUCAGAACUAGAUCAACAGCCCAAUUUACAUAGGUCUGAAGUGGGAGAUAUUUGUGGAUUGACCUUGGGCCAUUCAUAGAGCCUCAGGCUUGCCUACUUCACAAGGUCAUUACGAUGAUAAAAAUAGGGAGGAGAACCCCAUAGUGUCACUCUGAUCUCCUUCAAGUGGGAUAUAAAUGUAAUCAUGCAUUUUUGUGCAUCAAAACAAUGGACUAGAAAGCUCACUUCAGGUGGAGGAGGUGGAGAUUGGAUUUGAUAUCCCGCUUUAUCACUACCCGAAGGAGUCUCAAAGUGGCUAACAUUCUCCUUUCCCUUCCUCCCACACAACAAACACUCUGUGAGGUGAGUGGGGCUGAGAGACUUCAAAGAAGGGUGACUAGCCCAAGGUCACCCAGCAGCUGCAUGUGGAGAAGCGGGGAAUCGAACCCAGUUCACCAGAUUACGAGUCUACCACUCUUAACCACUACUGCUAAGUAACCAUGUAAGGAGGGACUAUGGGGACAAGCACCAGAUCUCUGUCUCCAACCCCAUUUCUUGGAGGACAAGCCUCUGUAGCUCAUGGAGAGUAUGAUAAAUGCUGCUCAUAAGAAGAAGCUCAUUUAUCAUAAGGAAGCAAGCAACUGUGCUUAUUCACAGAGAUGGCUUCACUUGUCAAUUUCUGCCCAAUAUGCAACUUUAAAUCAGGGAUGGGGAACCCGUGGUCAUCCAGAUGUUGUACCAGCUCCCAUCAGCCCCAGCCAACAGGCCAACAAUAGCCCUUGUAGUCUAAAAACUACAUCUGGAGGGCCACAUCCCUAUCCCUAUCUCAGAGACACAGGGCCUCUCUAUAAUAAAGGGUCAAGACUGAUUUGUGAUAUCUGCCAUCACUGACAAGAAAGCUACCUGUGUGUGUUGGAAAUUAAAUUAAUGGAACUUCCUCCUAAAGUAAAUAGGAUUAACAUCUUAUUUCCAUACUUCUCUGUUCUUUUUAUGGAAAAUUCAAAAUUCUACAUGGUAGCAAGUAACUGGAAUUCACUCACACACACACACACACACACACACACACAUCACGACAAGUGAGCAUGCAUGAGAUCGCACAUGAGAGGCUGAACUCUGAGCUGGGAAUAAGGACCACUAAACUCAGUCAGGCUUACUUCUGGGUAAACAAGUAUAAACUGAAUCUGCAAGUCUUUUCAAAAUGCAGGGUGCAAGCUUUUAAGACACACAGGAACCUUUUUCAGAACCUGAGUCCCUUUUUCUCCAAAAGAUUGCUAGCCUGAAUUUUAAUUCUAAUAACCGAUACAAACGUACAGAUCGGUUACAUUUGUUGUGAGAGAUUAGUGUUGAGUACAGUAUAAGGGCAGGAAAGAAAAGGAAAAAAGGUGGGGAGAGGAGGGGGGUGAAACUUAUUUCCUUUCUUAUAGUGUACAUGUGGUGUUUGUCAACUGGAUAGGUUCUCUUUCUAUUUGCUUGUUACAUUUCCUUGGCUGGGGACUGCAUUCUGAUUGGUGGAUGACAAUCCCAUGCUGGUUUCACUCAUUUGCAAUCUGACCUAUCACAACAAUUGUGAAGUUUGACCACUCUGAUCUCCUUGGAGGAAGGUAGGAUACAAAUGCAAACAGAUAUAUAGCUAUAGAUAGAUGACAGUGAAGGCCUAAAUACCAUUGAUUAAAAAAACCUAGUUAAAACAAAACCUCAAAAUGCAUUUAAUAAACAAUAAUGGAAAACUAUUUUGGCAGGAGGAGGUUUGAAGCAGGUGAACUUAACCCCUUUUGGCACCUGCUAAUAUUUCACACACAGGCUCCAUGAUGUAUUGCAGAAUUAGAUAUGUUUUUUAAGCCCCAUUGCUUUCAAUUGAACUUAAGGCUACAGUCCCAAGUCUACUUACAUCCUAGGAAGUCCUUUGGAAUUCUGUGGCACAGUAAACAUUUCAAGGGGUCAGCAUCACUGUGCACUAGAUUGUAGCUAUGGUAUGUCUUAGCAGCAGGGGACAUAAUUAUUUCACUUUUAAAAUUUGUCCUUUUGUUUUGUUGGUGUUGGUUAUGAAUGCAAUUUUUAAAAAAUUGAUUAUUAUUUAUUGCAUUUAUAUCCCACUUUUUUCACCGAAGAGUGCAAGGUGGCAUACAAUGCUUCUCCCCCGCCCUCAUUUAAUCGCCACAACAACCCGGUGAGGUAGGUAAUGCUGUUUCCGCAGAAGCAUUCUAGUAUUGCUUUUUGUUGUUGUUGAAUCAGACAGAGCCUGUCAUACCUAGUUGCUGGAAGAAAAAUCAGGAAUGAACAGUGCAGCCCUAUGCAUGUCUACUCAGAACUAAAUCCAAUUGUUUUAAAUGGGGCUUACUCCCAGGUAAACGUGCAGAGGAUUCCAUCUGCACUGUGUGAGCCUAUGCAUGCCUACUCAGAAGUAAGCCCCAUUGAUUUCAGUGGGAUUUACUCAUAGGUAAGCGUGUAUAGGAUUAAGGUGCCAAGAGUCUCUGUUAUGCAGGAUGGCAACUUUAAAAAUUAAAUGUUGCAACCACAACGUUUUUUUCCAAUGUCAGCAACUGAACACCGUAAACGAGAUUAGAUUUUCUUGUUCAUUUAAUGAAGAAAAUGCUGAUUUUUUUAUAGGUCUUUGAUCAGAACUCCCCCUCCCCAAAGAGUGUUAAUAAAAGCAUUUUUUUCUUAUCUUUUUGGGAAACUCCUUUAAAAGUUUCACUGGAGUUUUAUUUGAAAGUUUCUCUGGUCUGCAAGUUGCCCCUUUUUUCCGGGAGUUGUAAUUUUGUUUUGUUUUCGUCCCGGCUGGUACCACCCACCUUCCGCCUGUGCCCCUCCCCCACCUUUUCAAAUUAUCUUGGUGGGUGGGUGGGGGAGGGAGAGAGGGAGGCGAGCGCAGAGCCUUCCUUUAAGGGCGGGCUGGGCUGGAUGGAUGAACAGAGCGGAGGAGCGGACCCUGGGAGCGGGGAUCUGACGUCAGCGCAGAGGUAGUUUCCCUCGCGAGCUGUCAGACCGUGUGGCAGGUUAGGUAUUAAAGGCACUUUGAGCAGCGCCCAGACCCCUCCUCUUGAGCGGCCGCCGCGCGCGCACACAAAGAGAAGUGCCCAUCGCUGCGUCCGGCAAGGAUCCACCACCAGCUGCGUCAACGCUCCCUUUUCUUGCCAAGGCGUGGAUUGAAACACCGCCGGGAGCGGAGCCAGGAGCUUGAAAGGGGCGGGUGGGAGACGCUGCGAGAGGAAGAAAAUGAAACCGACCGGGAAAAGUAAGUCUGGGAAGUUGCUCGGGGUGCAUAUCCCCCCCCCCCCCAGUUUCUUUUUGCUCGGCAAAACUUUGGAGUUCUCAUUUUUCUUUUUUGCAAAAGCGUGUGGGGCAUUCUGAAGACUGGAAGCACUUGCAAAGGGGGCUCGGGGGGGUGGUUUUUCCCUUUUGCAAAACCGCUGUCUGUUUUCUCAAAAGCAAACCGCAGGCAGGAGAGGGGGGCGGUGGAGGAGGAGGAGGAAAGAGUUUUCGUGGGCGUCCAGAGAAUGGAGCGCCCUCGUGGAGAACCGGGUGGUGUGUGUGAGUAUCCGAUCGGCGUUUGCAAAAACUCUUAAACUUUGCAAAAAAAAAGAAAGUCUAGUGGGUGGGAGAGAAGAGGGACAAAAAAAGCACCACGAGGAACGAGGAGCGAGAGGGGGGACGGACGAACGAGAAAUGCCUUCCAGGCACUCAGCUAUGCAAAAGCGAGCGAGAGGCGAGGGAGUCGGGGAAGAGGAUCUUUUGUUCGGUAACGUUCAAUGCAACAUUGCGAGAGAGAUCCAACUUCUUUCCUGCCUUUUCUCUCUGAAUGGAGGGUCUUCUGUUGCCCCCCCCCGCCCGGCUUUCUUUAAAGGAAACAAACACAAACCUUUUUAAAAAAAAAAGAUUUCGAAGGUUUCUCCUCCCGAAGCUGCUUUCUUUUACUUUUACAUGCUUCUGUUCCCUCUUGAUCCCAAAAUGGCAACUUUCCCAAUUUUUUUUCUUUUGCAAACUCCUCCCCACAUCUGCCUCCCCCCCGCAAAGAAACAAACCCCUGGCGAUUUUGGACUCUGAAAAUUUAGGUUUCUGUUAAAAACAAACAAAAGCAAAAUCUGAUUUCAAGUGCUUGUAAAAUGACAGCUUUUGGGGGGAGGGGGUGGGUUUGUUUGGAGCAAAGCCGGGGUAACGCGUGCUAUGGGGGGGGCGCGAGUUCCUGUUUCUUUUGGAACAAAGAGAACUCUGUCUAGGCAUCUGUCACUCAGGGAAAGAGACACAAGAGAAACUUUUUUUGCGAGAGCGUUCCUCGUCUUCCGAUUGCUUUCGGCCCUUGGGUGCUGGGGACCCCUCAUUUUUUCGGGGGGUGGGGAGGAGAGGUGGUCUCUGCUUAUUUCGACCUUGCCUCUUGGUCCCCCCCAUGGAAGGGAUACGGAGGAGGCGGUUUUGGGGGUGAGAGCGGCGAUGCAACUGGCAGAAAACAUGGAGUCCAGGCUUGUUUUGUGUGAAGUGGGAUGGAAGGGAUUUAAAGAAAGAGGUUGGCCGGGGGUGGGGGGUUGAAGCGAGGUUAGCUUCGCUCUCCCACGUUACUUUUCCUUUUGAAACUCCAGACCUGAGUUCAUUAUCAAACCAGCGCCGGUGGGAGUAAUCCGCGAGGUAUUUUCGUGUGUGUGUGUGUGUGUGUGUAUUUUAAUUGCUGCUUUACUAAGUAGCAAACUUCUGACACGUGAUUUGUCUCGCUUGAAUUCAAACGGAAGAAAAUGAAAUGUUUGAUCUGCCUUUUCUCCCUCCCCCUUUUCCGCCCCGGUUCGGAUCUAUUUCCAAUUGCAUUCUCUUUGUGUAGGAAUGGACACGGCCGAGGAGGCAGCUUGUUGCUAUUUUAACUUCCUUUUGCUUGCAUUUUGAGGUUUGGGGUGGGUGGGUGUUUUGAUAAAGUGGACGAUACGCGGGGCAAACGUAGCUGACCAACCCCCCCCCCCAAGCAAACCAAAAGCCACCCGUGCUUUUAGCCUGACUCUCCACCGACCUUCCUGAACUGUUUGCAUUUUAAAUUUUUUAAACUAUUAUUUCGCUCUGGGCUGGAUUUUGUCGUUCCCAUGUGCAGCUGGCGGUGUGGGCAGUUCAGGGCCAGGAGGAAACGGCAGCAAAAAAAAAAAAAAAAAAAAAAGCAAAAAAAUUGCUGCUCCUCCUCCAUCCCUGAUGAGAUGCAGACUUGAAACAGGAGAGAGAGACUCCCUCACAUAGGCAGCAGCUCCCCCCGAGCCCUUCUGCACUCGGCGUUGCCUGGAGGAAUAGGAGGACGAGGAUCCAUUUGCUUUUGCAGCUUUUUUUUUUUUAAUAGGCACAAAGUUUUGCCCUUUUCUCUUCCUCGCGGGUGGGUGGGUGGGUGGGGGCGCGCGUACAGGAGAAGCGAAUGCACGCUUGCAUUUCAAUGCACUUGAAUUUGCCUGGGGUUUUUCUGCGUGUGCGCGCUUGCUGGGGGUGGAUGCGGACGUGUUGAUCUCCGAGUGCCUCCCUCCAAACAAACUCGACCGCAUGUCUGGAAAAGGGCAUUGAGCUAACCUUAAGCAAACUUGGAAGUCUUGACGACUGCUUGGCCCACCAGUUUUAUAUAUAAGUUACCUCUGUCGUCCUCCCUCCCCCCCACCCCUUUUUGGGGGGAAUGUAGAAAAAAAGUCUCUACCUGUAAAGGGCUUUGGAGAGAGGAAACUUUUAAGAGCUGUAAGGCUGAAGCCCCCUGGGAGACUUUGUUAAUAGUGGACACUUGCUUUUUUCAGUCUGAUCCCCCUGCAAAGUAAAAUGCAUCUUAAUUUCCUAACAUUUUGUGCAAUGCACUUUUAACAUGUAUUGGACUUGGCUCAAAAACAUAUUAAUGAAUGAAUUUUAGUUGUUGUUUUUUAAAUACAAUCAUUCUGGUGUGGGUUGGGGGAUCGAGGUCCAAAACAAUUUUUUUUCAUUUGGAAGGGGAAGCCAUAAAAAUACCUCUUUGUCAGAACAGGGCAAAACUGUUAGAAGUGUCAGGAGUUUCACAGUAAAGAAAGGAGCCAUAUUAGGAAAAAAUACUUCUGGGGUUUCUAAUGAAAACACAGCGUCAUUAAUGUUCUUUACAAGAACUCUCUAGUUCUGUGAUUUUAAUACCAGCAGUCUCCUUCUAUAGAGCUUAUGGUACAGCUUCAUAACUUGCUUUAAAAUAUUGUAGAUCUUUAGAGUAUGUAGAACACAACUCUGUAGAGCUGAAUGCCAAGCACUGCUUUGAAUUUGACCAUAGUGCGGAGUACGGAUGAGGAACCUGUGAAGCUCCAGUUGUUGUGGUUUGAUUACUCCAUCACCCCAGGCUGCGUAGUCAAACAAUCAUAGAAUUGUAGAGUUGGAAGGGACCCCAAGGUUCAUCUAGUCCAACCUUCUGCAAUGCAGGAAUCUCUGCUAAGGCAUCAAUGACAGAUGGCCAUCUAACAUCUGCUUAAAAACCUCCAAGGAAGGAGAGUCCACAAGCUCCCUAGGGAGACUGUUCCACUGUCUGUUUAGUCGGAAUCUCCUUUCUUGUAACUUGAGUAGUCAGUGGUCAGGAGUGACAAGAGUUGGAACCCUGCAUCCUUUGGAGAGUCAAAUGUUCCCCAUCCCUUCUGUUGACGUUGGCCUUUGCACAGUUGGCCAUCUUCUGCCUCAAGUUACCCAUGUGCAAAAGGGCAGCUUCACCUCUCCUUUUGUAUGCUACACAAUUGUGAAAAGGAAGAUGAGCAAGAUGCAAUUAGUAAAGGACUUUCCACCUUGUUAGGUACACCUGCAGUGACUGUUGAACACAACCUGCCUUCUUGCAGCUCUUUCACACCUGUGUAAUUCCACCUGUGACCCAUUAUGUCUUGCAUUGUUUCCCACAUCCCAGGCUUGAACCAAGACAGAUCUGCCAGCAGUUCCACCAUGUCGGAUAGUGACUUUGGGGAGGAUGAUGGGAGCGUAUCUCAGGAUCCGUUGCAGCCCGGCAAGAGAAAACGAAGGGGCAACCUUCCUAAGGAGUCUGUGAAGAUUCUCCGGGAGUGGCUCUACGAGCACAGGUUCAAUGCAUAUCCGUCUGAGCAAGAGAAACUCAGCCUUUCUGGGCAAACAAGCCUCUCUGUUCUUCAGGUAUGAACUUCUGUAUAAUCCUUUCCUAGCAGGUUGCCCAGUUAUGAUUUCUUGCAUACACAGGGUUGCCAGGUGCAAAAGAGGAGAAGGCUUUGGUACCUUUAAUAGCACUGCAGAGGAAGGGAUUUUGGCAGGUGUAGGUUGAAAGCUCAAAUUCCUUCUGCUCCAUUGCUGUUAAAGGGUACUGGAGCCUUCACCUCUUGUGCCUAUGUAUAAGAAGUUGCAGAUUUUUUUUUAAUUUAAAAAACCUGUUAGCAAAAAUAAAUCCAAAAAAUAAAAACAAACCAGCUUUUAUUAGGCUCAACUAAAAUGUCAAGGUAAUUAGCAAGCUUUCCUGUUCCUCGGAGCUCUUCUUCAGGCCGAUUAAAUCUCUUCACCCCCCCAACACAAAAGGAAGGAGAAGCUGGGCAUGAUGGGGAAAAGUCUCAGGGUCUUAAUCUUGUGUUGGCCUCUGCCCUCCAACCACUAGGUAGUACUAUCCAAUUCAGCCUCUCUUGACUCUCUCCCACCCAGUGCACAAAAAUUAACCUCCAGCAUUGUUAACGUAAGGACUGUCUUGUUUUUCUUUACUUCUGUUCUCUGCCUUCCAAGGGACAUGCACAUUCUGCUUAGUGAUGGGAGCAGAUGCAGGUAAUUGCUACUUUUCAUACCUUGAAAGGGGGGGGGGACAAAAUCAUUGUGUGUCCCUGUAGCUGCAUCUUGGAAUCUGUUUUAUUCCCAGCAUGUUAACUAAUUAAGUCUGAAUAAUGCCUCAUGUACUUCAUCUUAAGGUUGUUGGAUAAUGCAGAUUUUGAAGAUUUUCCAUCAUUCAUCUGCCCUUUCCCUCCCUCUUUGUUUUGUCUAAUAUCCACCCUGAAGAAGAAUUCUGAGGAGAUCGAAAGCUUACUUGCUUUCCUUUGGCAUUUUAGUUUAUCCUAAUAAGGUUAUCGGUUGCAUUGCGUAGCUAAUGUUCAGCUCCACCUUUUGCUCUGAAUUUGAGUUAGAUGUUCUUAAUGAUCUUAAUAAAUGUAACAGGAAUCGUAACUUCUCACCCCCUUUUACAAAGAAACAAGUUGGGUGUCCCUUUUCACCUGUGUUAAAGAUCAGUAAUCUUAAACCUGCUUUCACAAGUUAGCUGAAUUUAAUUAGUACAUAAACAGAUACACUAAAUGAUUUUGCACCAAAGAAGUCUGAAGGACUGGGCAGAUCUGCAAUAAGUUACAAAUUUAAGAAUGCCUUAUGGGCCAAGUUCUAUAGCCAUUUCUAUUGGGUUGAUUUUGUUUGGUGUGUAAUCUGGAGCACAUUUUAUAAAUAUAUGUGCAUGUGAAUUCACUGAAAUAAGUAGUGCUUAACUUGCAAGUAGAAUUGGGGUGUCAAAAUUCUCUAGGCUGAUUUGCAAUCCUAUUCUAUUGUAGUAAUGUCACUACUUGAAUUAAUUCCAGUCUUUUGCAUGUAUUGGGUAGAAUCAGAGUUGGGAGAAUGUAUUGUAGGCCAUCUGGUAACCUAAACUGUUAGACCUAGUCCUGCCCUCUGGGGCAGUGGAGAACAAAUCUGCCCUUUUCUAUGGGCUGGUCUCUCCAGGUAGCUUAUUAAAAGUGGUAACCAUGCAUAGCUGAGUGUGAAUUUUAACAUACCAAGAAAGAUCUCCUUAACAGCACAAAAUUAAGUUACAUUCUGCAACAGCAGAUAAUUUGUAUGGGAAAGUGAGACAAUAAACUAUUUAGUGAUUGUCAAUCUGGAAUAAAUUAUUACUGGGGGUAUUAGGGUGUGCAUGACCAUUAAAAAUGAUGGCUAAUCUUUUUGGAGGGCCUAGAAAUGCCCCUUAUGUGGACUCUUAAGAUGAGUUUCUAGUCUGGCUUGCUGUAAACCAUCAUUUAAAAUAAACGAUGGUUUAAAAUGAACAUGUGUGUUUCUCCUAGGGAAAUAAAGACUACAAACCAGAGAUUGGUUUGUUGUUACAUGCAAGGUAGCACUUGUGGCUUGUUUGUCUCCUCACAAACUACUGUGGUAAGUCAACAACCCACCUUGGCUUACCACUGUGGCUUGUUAGGACACAAAAGAAAUGCAAGUGGUGGCUCUCAUGUAACAGUUCGUUUCCUCUCUGGCAUGUUGAAGAAAAGUGUGAAGCAUUGUCUUGUGAGCAGUGUGCACCAGGACGUUGUUCACUCACGUAAAUCCAUAGUUUGUUUCAUGCUAAACUAUGGUUUAACACGGCAUGUUAAUGGGGCCCAUAUGGUUCUAGUCAGGAUUCCAGAAGACCUCCAUUCUUGGAUGGUCCAUCCCUGGUCUUCUACUGGAUUAGUAGGGCAGAAGGCACUGAGGGUUGAAGAAUUGGACUGCAAUCCGUCUGUAUUGAUGGAAUCAAAACAUUUUAAAUUUAUCCAUUUCGUGCUUGCCUUAUAAGUGUACAGAUUUUCUAAGGACCCCAGUAUACUGCAACACUGCCCAGGGAAUCUGUUUAUGACCAGCAGAUCCUUGCAAGGUCUCAAGGAAUGUUGGGCAGCUAGCCCUUUGGGAACCUAUAUUAAUACUGUUGUUAUUACUGUUGUUUAUCUACUGCUUUCAUUUCAAAAAGAAAUACCAAGGUGGUUCACAAACAAAAACCAGCAGCAAAAUAACAAAAAACAAAGCCAAUGAUAAAAAUAAAGCUAUUUGGUAAUUAAAAUAUAUAGUAGUAGCUAAAUAUGUAUUAGAAAUUAGAGGUUUAAGCGAAGCCUGUAUAAUCCUCAGUGAGUUCCCUAGGAUGAAGUAGUAUUAAUAGAAGGGUAAGAGUUCUCCAUUAAGUGUCUGGGCUUUGCUUUUCACUUCCUCAUCCUUCAACUCCACUUUAAGGCAUUUCUUGGCAAGUGUGUGUGCCUUGAGGGGGAGUGAAAAGCAGGAUAUGAGCCUAAACGAACAGUUGACUUGGUUUUGGGAACAAAAUACCCAACUGCCCCAAAGGUGUUCCCGUCUCUUUCCUCCUCACAAAUGCUUUUUGUCUGUGGUUGUACUGGGGGAGGGGGAAGGAAGCAUAAUUUAGAAAUUAAGAGAGAAAACGCUAAACAAAUCUAACCCAGUCCUUAACAGUUUUAGCUGAACUGUGUUCUGUGCCACCCACUCAACACCUGAUGUGAAUUUAGCCAUUUACUAUUUGCAUGGAAUCAAGUACAGCUGAGGGGUUCCUUUCUGUGUGUAUUUGGUUGUUGGCCUCAACUUUUGGCAAGGUGUGCUUGCCCUUGAAGGCUUGUGAAACACCUAGCUUCCCUAUCUGUCAAAUCCUUUCCAAGGAUUUGAAGGAGAGGCCAGGACUUUCGGAAAUAACUAAAUAAAUAUAAGAUAUUCUGCUGGGUCAGUCUAGUGUCAGGAGGGUAACGAGACUUCUGCUUCACCUGGCAAGGGAUGCAGGAGCUAGGAAAGGAAUAGAGGUGUGGCUGAGGCCAAGAGUGGGGUUUCCCCUGCCCUGAUUCAUCCUUGGCUACAGAGUUUGUUUUUGGAAAACAGCAUCUGUCUUCAAAGAGCAAGCAUCAGAUUUCUACCUGUGCCCUGCAGAGACUUUUAGAAACACAGAUGUUUCUAUGCCAAUGUUAGGUGCUUGUCACCAGGUGCCUGGAUAAUUUUUAUUUUCUGGGUCUGCUUUGGGAGUAAGGGUCUUGCCCUAAUAUUGAAAACCAUUGGCCUGUUCCAUGGUGUGAAACCAGGGCUUGCUGUGCUUGACAAGUACCUUAAAAACAAUGGGUGGAAUUCAGUGUUGCAUUUGUGGAACAGUUAUGUCUCCCCUCCCCAUACACUGUUCUGGGGGUUCUGCUGACUCCCCUCUGAGCCAGCUUUAGGGGGGCACUGGGGAUGGAGAGGGGGAAAGCCCUUGCAUAGGACUUCUGUUGACAGGGUUCAGUGUUAAGCUAGUUUAGGACUCAGAAUUGUUUAUAGAAAGAGCUUCUCAUGCAACCUGGUUUAAUAUACCAUAGGAAUUCUUGGGUGAUGUGAGUGUGUGUGUAUUGGUGGGGGAAUCAAUUUAAAAUAUUGUUAGAUGGCUUCCCCCGCCAUAUAUGAGGGCAGUAGGCUAGCUUAGAUGGUGCAGGCAAGGCCUGUGUGGCACAUGCAGCUCUGUUUUCCAACAUAUCACCCCCCCCACUACCUUUCCCUCAACAUCUGCCACCUGAGGCAGCCACCUUACUAUGUCUAAUGGUAGGGCUGGCCCUGUCAGGCUUCUUAGGAGUUCCGUGAGAAACACCUCCAGGGCAUGCAUAUUGAAAACUGGGGAAUUUGAUCUUGGUUGCUUCAUGUAAAAGGAAGCUUCUUAAAAAGUAGUGUUCUGAAGUAAAAACCAGUUUCUUUCAGGUGAGAAAAUCUAUCUUGUAUUUUUAAAAAGACAUUAGACCUUCCUUACUGUAACACUGUUCUAUCAGUGCAUACCACAUUCCAGUGGAUUGGGUUUAAUUUGGUUAAACAUUCAAAUUGUGAUUGCAUGAAGUAAGAGAUUAAACUGUGCACGUUGUACAAAGUGAAAUGGCUGAAAUGUUAGCUGUAUGCACUUUACAUCCUGAAAGCUUAGCGAUGCUCAAAUACAUGUUUGGUUGGUUGUUUCUAACAGGUAGGAAUAGUAGCGAACGACCUUAUGGUUCAGCAAAGAAACCAAAACAAAAUUCAGACUGUUAGGGCUAUGCCACGUUAGUUCCCUUCACUUGAAGGGGGUAUGUUGUGAUUGUGGGGAAGAAGGGCCUCUCAUAUGUAGGCUACUUCCCGGUAAACAACCCUACUGGGGCCUGGAAAUCUGUAGGUGGGGCCAGGAGCAAGUAAACGGUGAAGUGGGCUGUUAUGCAGUGGCCUUUAUCCGUUCUGUUGUGUUUUGCAAAAUCUUUAUGUGGUUUGCCUCCCCACAAAUUGCAUUUGUUUACAAUUUAAAUACAAAAAUGAGAGGAAGAAACAGGAUGAAAGGGGGCUGUUGGUGGUUUCUUUAAGAGCCUCUGGCAUGAGUUCCGGCCUUUUGGGUUUCUCUUUUGCUUUCCCCGCUCAGGACAGAGGUCCUAAGUCACUGGGAAGACAGGGGAGAGGCUGUCCCAGCUGGACUCUCUUAAAGGAGCUCAUAACAGCUCAAAGUCUUCCUGUUUCUAAGGAAAUACCUCCAGGUGUCAUGAUUUAAAUGAAUCUUACAGGAAGCCCACUAUCAGGGCUAUAGCCCUGACCUGUGGCUUCCCCCUCUCACCCUUCUAGCUUGGAGCAGGUGGCCUUAACCCCAGUUGCGUACAUGUUGUGGUCUUUCGUACUGGCAACAGAGAACAAAACCAGUCCUCAGGUUUGUUGCCAUUCACACAAAUGCUGCUUAAGCUCUCAAAAAUGAGGUGAGCAUACCACCUUUUCUCAUGCUUACAAGAAAUUAUCCAUUGUCCUUACUUGUUACUGGAAUUGCAGUCUUAACCAGCUGCUCAGCCUAUCUAGAAUGCACACUUGAUUUCUGAAUCUGAAAAUUCUCCAGCUACAACACUUACAUUUGCUAAACAAGCAAGUGUAACGUCAGCAAAACUAGCUGAGCAGUGCUGCACGGAGUGCAGAAAUCUAGAAAUCUAAUACGAUAGUUAGAUAGAUUUCUGUUUGGGCUGUCUGGAUCCGUGGAGCUCAGCUAGUUUUGCUGGUGGACCCCACUGACAAGAUUGCAUGGGGGUAAGCCUCCCAAACUAGCUUGUUGCUAAGCAAUAUCACUUUGGGUUUGGGAGGUCUGCAUGGUGCCACCCAGAUUUGUUCUGGGGGUGACCAGUUGCUUGUGUCAUUAGAGCUGGCAUAGUUCAUUGUGUGUGUCGGGGGGGGGGGGAAUAAACAGGCAUGGCUUUGGGUGUAAUAGAAGGACAUGUAAACCUAAGAAGUGUUGUUGUGGUUGAUCCAAAAUAUUCAGAUUGUUUGAUCGAUGCUGCCUAGCCUUGUGAAAAGGGCAAAAGUGCUUUUUAGAACUGACUAUUUGUGAUCAGUGCAUUUUGGCCUCUCUUUCUCUGUAGCAGAGAACUGUCCCCACAUAACUGGGGUCACUUGGGUGCCUGACUCACUGAACAGCUAGUAGCAUUCCUUGCAAAGUUCUGAGCUUCCUUUGAUAGUUCCCAUCUCUCUCUCUACUGACCAAGCUUGGUGCUCUUAGCUGGGAUCUGACUGCACAAGAAUGCUUAGUCUGUUCUGCUUGGCUUGCUGUGAGCACAAAUAUUCCGAUAACAAGUUGCAGCUCUUGCUUGUAUGCAGAGAAGGAGUUGGCUUGCUGAAGACCAUCUAGAUAUUCAAGGUCACCUUUUGUAUUUCUAAAAGCAACAUAAAUUGCACCUUUUUCUGGUACAGUGUACUUGUGCACAGAUGUAGCUGAACAUAAAAGUGGCUGUGAGAUUUCUCCAUGCAAAUGUUUACUGGGACUUAAUGAUUGGUUGCUUGUUUUAUGCAGUUAGAAUUUGUGUGCAGCAGUGCCUCAGUUUCUCUACAUACGGGGCAUAAAAGGCGUACAGCUCAUUGAACCUGGAGUCUUCUAAUCAGUAACUGGAAGGACCCCCUUUCUCCUUGCUUAAGGAGCUUUUAAAUUUGUUCUUUUAGCAGUGAAACUAUGGUAGGGUUGAGAGCUGGGUAAUUUCCAUGGUGUUAAGCAGCAAGAAUAGUGUCAAGACUUUCAGAAUAUCUCUUCUACCCAUGAUGGCUAUGCUCUGCCUCUGUGGUCAGAGGCAAUAUGCUUCUGAAUACCAGUUACUGAAAAUCACAGGAGGAGAGUGCGUUAUUUGUGCUCAAGUCCUGCUUGCAGGUUUCCCAGGUUUGGCCACUGUGAGACCAGGAUGUUGGAUGAGAUAGACGUUUAGACUGAUCUAGCAGGUGCUUCUUCUGUUCGAGAGCCAGUGUGGUGUAGUGGUUAAGAGCGGUAGUCUCGUAAUCUGGGGAACCGGGUUCGUGUCUCCGCUCCUCCACAUGCAGCUGCUGGGUGGCCUUGGGCUAGUCACACUUCUCUGAGGUCUCUCAGCCCCACUCACCUCACAGAGUGUUUGUUGUGGGGGAGGAAGGGAAAGGAGAAUGUUAGCCGCUUUGAGACUCCUUAAAGGGAGUGAAAGGCGGGAUAUCAAAUCCAAACUCCUCCUCUUCUUCUUACCUCUGAGGCAUUGUACAACGUUGGGGGGAGACCCUACCUUUCUUCUGUCAUGGAGAGUCUUCACACUUAUUCAGGCAUAGAAGAAGGGCAGAAGGCUCUCCUUGGUGGUUCUGUGCUCUUACCAGGGCAAGACGGGGGAAGUCCACAUUGUGAAUAUGCCUGCAGAUGUGUUCAACCUAGAAGUGUUUUAAAUGUAAGCUGUGUUGAGCUGCCAACUUCUGUUUUUAAGUCUUGUAAGCCAUGUGCAAGGAAACCCCCAACUUCUUGCUCCACACGUAUGGAAAAACUGUGUAUACUUGUGAAAGGAGACCACUUUGAGGCUUUGGAAACAUGGUGAUUGUUUUCUUGAGGCGGGGGGUGGGGAUUAAAAACAGGGAAAUUAUUGAAUUUGUGUUAACACGUAUCCCCAGGGAAAAUAUUUUACAGAGCUGCUGAUUUGCAAAAGAUACAUCAGUCUGCUUGAUUUAUUUUCCCAUAAUUGUUCUCUUUGAAGCACUCUUUCAUUUUGGUUUGGCUUUCAAGAAGGAAAAAUUGUUCUACACCCUUGUGUGUGACGUGAAACAAAUUGCACAGGCAGCAGCUGUGCUUCCCCAAGGUCUUGUAACCAGCUCCUCAUGGCGUUGCGCUAAGAUUCCUAGCGGGCUUCUUUGGCAAUGCAUCCUGAACUUUGCUAGUUCGCCAAAUGGAAACGUGAUUGUCCCUCUCUUCCAAAGAGUGCAGUUGCACAUGUUCGUACUGUGCAAUCCAAGUUGGUGCCUUCCAGCUGUUCGAGACUGCAAUGCUAAUCAGCAUGGCCACGCUGGCUGGGGCUGAUGGGAUUUGUAGUCCAAAACUACUGGAGAGUACCAGGCUGGCAAAGGCUGCUCUAAUAUCCUAAUUUGGUGCUCUACAUCUGUAACCAAGCUGGAUGGAUAAACGUUGUUAUUCCUUUAAAUGGUGAGUUCAUUGUUUGCUAUAAUUGAGCUUAGGUAGGUAAAGGACCCCUGGACUGUAAAGUCCAGUCUAUAAUGGCUUUAAAUGAAAUCUUAGCUUUAUUACAAGUAUGUUUUCCCCUUCUGUGAUUCUCAUAGAAAACUCAUUCAAUAUUAAAAGAUGAGGUGCAUGCGGCAAGAAGGGGGGAGAGAAAAAGGGAGAGAAGGGAAAGAGGUUGGGCUGUGCUAGAUGGAGUACAGUGGGUGAAUUGUAAACAGGAAUUUAAUAUCCAGUUUACUUUCUUGAAACAUUUCUGCACACUCUCCCACAUCAGUCUUGAGGAGGCACACAGCAACUUUAAAAUAAAGGGAUGAAAGCAGCUGGUAACCCAGUGCAGAUUUUUUAAAAAGUGUAAGAACCUGCUGGGGCCAGACUGAUCUCCACUUCCCAGUGGUCUUCCUUGGAAAAGAGGUGUAGCAACUGACCCAACAGCCAGGGAUGGGGAACAUUUUUCAGUCGGAGGCCACGUUCCCUCUCUGGCUGCAGGGCAAUGGAAGGGGACAGUGUGCGUUCCUGUCUUGUAUUUAUUUAUUGUGAACAUCUUACUGCACCCAGCUACUAAGAAGUCAUGGCAGGUAUGAAGAUAGUAGAGAUGUUGUCCUGCAUCUAGGCAAGCUCUUCCAGUGUGCCCUUCUUGGUGGUCAUGUUCUUGUUGCUAUUAUUAUUGUAAGUCCUCUAGUCUCUGCAAAAUAUUUCCAUGUCUCAAAUUAUGAAUAUUUAUGACUCGACCAACCAGCUUGGAAACUUCAGUUUCCAUUUCAUGGAGAGUUGGUUUUCUGCCCAGUAAGUACCAGCCUUCGCUUCUGGAAAGUUUUGGACUUGCUUUAAAAUUAAGUGAACUUGCUCGGAUACCUUGCAAUGUGUCUUAGCAGAGGCCCAACCAGAUACCCAAUAAUUUUCUGGUUUUCCUUGCCCCCUUGUGUUUAGCCAGAUGCAGUUCUGUAGUAUGAAAGGAAUGUAGACUGCACCGCUGAGAAGUUUUUGAAAUAAAUUGCCAAUUAAUUUGCGAACUGUUUGAUCACAGCCGAUUGGUAUGCACAUUUGUUCAUGAAUCUGUGAAAUGGGGAAAUUUCAUUUAAAUCAGCAGGUUGUUCUUUCUAUGCCAACAUAGGCAACUUGUUGUCUUCUGUGUUUUAAGUUUCACAGAAAACAGUUGCACUUAUUUUAGUGGGGGAUCACUUACUCUGUUUCCUGGGGAUUAUCUUUUGCUGGAUUCUUGUCUUUAGAAGAGUUUUCCACUCUUGAUUACCAUGUGCACGUGCAUGUAUGUGAUUGGUUUUCACUAGUUAUACGCCUAAUCAAACUAUACAUUUUUUUGGAAAAAGGGCGGGGGGGGGGGGGAAACAGCCAUUGCUGUUUCUUUGCAGCCCCUGGCAUCGGUUUUGCCCCAUGCAAGCUCCAGUGGCGUAGCGUGGGGGGUGCAGGGGGGGCCGGCCGCACCGGGCGCAACAUCUGGGGGUUAGGGGGCGCAAAUCCACGGGUUAAGGGGCGCAAAUCCAUGGGUUAGGGGGUGCAAAUUACUUGCCUUGCCCCGGGUGCUGACAACCCACGCUACGCCACUGGCAAGCUCUGAUGUAAUGACGAAGGGAGCCAAUCCCAAGCUCCUGUGAAACGUGGCUGAGGGAUUGGCCUUUGGGUCCAGCAGAUCUGCUUCUCUGCAGGCAGAGUGGGAGCUUCACCCCCAAAGGCCUCUUAGCUGCAGUGGCAAGCUCUGCCACCAGUGUGCCUUUGCAGAUGGUCCUCUGUCAGUAGGGGCAAAAAUGGGUGUGUUGGGGGAGCCUUUGGAUCCUCAGGACCCAACAACUCCCACUCCCCUUACAAGAGAGAGCCCUGGAGCUGGCAUAGUUCUCCACCCCCAUUGCCUUUGAAACCAAUGCCUUGGAUAUUUUCUGUCUUGGCUAGCAUGGGCUUGACUUGGGUUUAGGAAGGGGCAGUUCCUUCUCCCUCAAACCCCCCCCCCAAACCUCUGUCAGGUUGCUCUGCCCAUCUCCAUGAGACUUUUUGUGCGUGAUCUUAGACUUGUUACAAAGUGUACACCAGACUUUCUCAGCUUGGUGCCCUCCAGAUAGCUUGGACUACAGCUCCCAUCACCCCACAGCUGGAGGGCACUAGGCUGGGAAAAGCUGCUGUGGUGCUCUGUCUUCAUAUCCAGUCCCUUCUCUUCCUUCCUCUCGGUUUCACUGAACCAGGGCUGGUUGCUCUUUCAGUUUUUACCUUUGACAUCCAGCUCAGAGAAGAGUUCUGGGAAAUUGGAAAGUUUGCAUACCAGUUUGUUAUAUUUUUGUUGGUUGAAAUAAAGGUAUUGUCCCGUUAAUACUUUUUGGCCUUAAACCUCAACUGCUCGUACUUCUGAGCAUAAGGGACAGGAAAUGCUCUGGUACAAAUAAUUCAGUAGAUCAGUCUUUGGGUACUGUAUUCAUGAAAAUAAAAAUAGUUGCUGAAUUAUAACUGACCGGAACUGGAGUGAAACUUGAGAGAGGUGCACAUUUCUCUAUAUUGGCUUUUUAAUUUUUAAGCCCUAGAUUGCAAUGUAUAAAGGAAACAUCCUACAUACUUUCUAUUCGCUCCUGGACAGAUCUGGCAGGAGAAAAGGCAUGUCAGGAAUCUUGGAAUAAAUGGUCUGUGCUUUACCCUACACUGGCUGGGCAGAUCCCAGCUUGUAACACUGUGAAACAGGUGGCAAGAGAAUAGCUGUCUUCUCCUGGCUUCUCAAAGUGACAACAGGUGACAAGGAUAGGAUGCUGCAGGCAGAGAAUGAGCCAUUGCCCCUCCCCAACCUUUUAAAAAACCUGUGGGAAGUGCAGUAAUGUUCGAUUUGCAACCAUGAUGCUGUUAAACCUAUUUCCUAUUAAAAAAAAAGGGCCACAUGUAACUCAGCGGCAAAGCACCUAGUUUGCAUGGAGAAGUCUCAGGUUCAGUCUCGGGGAGUUUGUGAAAAGAAAGGAAAGAGCCACAAAUGCUUUUUUUAAAAAAAAUAAUUUUCAUUAUAACCAUUUCCAGAAUCACAUUCAGAUAUACAUUUCCAUCGAUUUCCCUUCUUCCCUUCCCCGAUUGCUUUAAUUUCCCCACCAUUCCUGCAUAUUCUUAUAUAUCCAUUCAGAUGACUCCCCCCCCCUUAUUCUUCCUUUAUUAUAUAUUCCCAGUACUCUUUUUAACUAUUUUGCAUGCCCUUGGGGAAAUGGCUGUAUAAGAACAGAAGAGGAGUCUUGUUCUUCCUGCCAGCGGCCCAUCUAGUCCACAGCGGCCAACCAGCUGCCUCUGGGAAGCCAGCAAGCAAAACCAACAGCACUUGCCCUAGUUGUGAUUCCUAGCACUUGGCAUACUGCUUCCAACAGUGGAAGCAGAACAUUGCUGUUCCGGCUGGUAGUCACGGACAACCUUAUCAGUCAUGAAAAAAUACAAUUGGCUAUUGAAGCCUCUGCAUUUCUCUCUCUUACUCACUCACUUCUUCUUAGAAAAAUGUGCCCCUCAACUUCCAGUGUAGCAAAUGCUUUCCUUUUGCACCUUCUCUGUUGUUUCCCACGUUACAGGUGGGCAGCCUCAACUCUGCUCUUCCCCGAGAGUCUUAAGUCUAGCACCAUAGCUGCUGCGCACCCCCCAAGUCCUUGUUCCCUGGCAUCUAACCGAGCCCUGUGCAUUUCUCCCUUAGAUCUGCAACUGGUUCAUCAACGCCAGGCGCAGACUCCUCCCAGACAUGCUGCUUAAGGACGGCAAGGAUCCUAACCAGUUCACCAUUUCUCGCCGCGGUGCCAAAUCUGCUGAUGUGACGCUGACCCAUGCAGCCGCCGCCACAGGGUCCGGACUCCUCAUGGUGCCUCCUGCCUCCUCCGCCUCCUCCAAGGUGCUCUCCAUGUCGGUCUGCUCGCCCAUGACCUGCCACCCUGCCCGGCCGCUGGCCGGCAGCUUGACUGUGGUGACGAGUGAGCAGGAGAGCCCUCGCCCCACCUUCCAGCGGGUCAAGCUUGAGCCUCACCCCAAGCAGCCGCAGCUGAGCGCGACGGGCAGCACUCUGGCUCUCCUGACCAGGGCAGAUGCCGCCAGUCCCACCAGCGGACUCUUCAACACGCCGCCGCCGACUCCGCCCGAGCUCUUUGGAGAGGACUUCAGCAGUUUCCAGUUGCUGGUGGAAGUGGCCUUGCAAAGGGCAGCUGAGCUUGACUCGCAGAAGCUGAGCGGGCAGCUGCCUCCGUCACUGCAGAGAGAGGCCGCUGCGCCAGCCCUCUCCAGAAAAACCAAGUAGCUUUCUCCAGCCACUAGCUCCUUUUGGAGGCUUUGGGGGUUCCCCUGCUCCUUCUCCCAAGUUUUUCUGUUGGCCUCUGCACUGAGGGUCCUCCCUGCCAGAUGUUAACGCUGUGAUAUGGCUACCCCUCAACCAGGAGCAAAACAAGCCGAGGCUUCCUUGGCCGUUUUGACGCUGUGCUGCCAGCUCACCUCGGCCUCCAGAACGAAACACUGUCUCCGCCGCAAAGCAGGAGGACAACACAUCCUUUGGCUAGCAUUUCACUUUUUCUGGACCUUGGCGGCAGCAUCCUUUCCUCCUGUUGAAGCCACAUGGAGGACACUGUCUGACUAGGGGGGUGCCUGAACCACGCACAAACCUGCUCUUGAAAGGACCGAGAGGCCUUAACGUGCUCUGAGAGAACAUGGCUGGUGUUCUGUUACUGUGACUUUGUGAUUUAUUUUUUUGCUGUGGAGCAUCCUUGUGCAGAGGUCCUUCUCUUCUCCCACUUUUUUUUGAAGCCUGCUGACAUGGAAGAGAACAGGAAAAGGGUCCAAUACGUAACGGAGGAGAGAUAAUUAAAAAACAAAAAACCCAAGUACCUUAAAAAUACGAAUUAUGGCGGGGAGGCAAAAUGAGUGAUUUCACCUCUGCCCAGAGAAUCCUAACGUGUGUCCUUUUGGGGUGCGGGCGGGCAGGGGUUGUUUCUGUUUUGCUGUUUCUGUAGCAUAACUACUUUGACAUACUCUCGGUCUGGUGUGCAUGAGUGGCUGGCCCCUGCAUGUUGCCUAACGGGAGUCCCUGGCAUGAGCAGAUUUAACUGGAAAUGUUAAUGUUUGUGGCAUCCCUCUCUCUUUCCACUGGGAGGUGGAGAGGGGGAACAAUCAACGACCACCCUUCGAAUACUGGUGCCAGUUAAAAAAAAAGUAUGGUGCUGUUUGAGCAAUUUUAUUAUUAUUUUAGGUGCUGGCUUUUCGUGACUUCAUCCAUUCCUCUCCCUGUGUUUUCCCCCAUGUCAUGUUUGGAGAUGUGCAGAUGUGAUCAAAAUGGCAGGGAAGGAUGCUCUGCUGGCAGGAUGCUGGCUGAGAAGCAGCAACGGGGCAUUUCAGAGGUGGGGAAGAGGGAUAGGAUCCGGAACAAGACUCUUUGACUGUGAAGUUGCUUUAAACAACCCUUUCUUCUUCGUUUCUCAUUUUGAAUUUUGUUGGUCGUGGACUGUAACUCGGGAAAUCUAAGGUGUCUUUAUGGAUGUGCUGACAAAACUACCUAUAGAGGGGGGCGGAAAACACCAACCUCCUGACUUUGUUUUGGAUCCUUGCUCUCAUCAUGCUGAAUGUAGUUUCUCUUUUGCUGAUGGAGCACAGGUGCCCUCUUGUGGCCAGGAAGGGAGGUUGAACAGAGUAGGGUCUUCCAUAGUGAAUUACAACCUCUCCUGCAGACUACAAGCUGUGUGUGACCCUGAAAUUGCCUCCCUACAUGAUUUGAUGUGUCCCCAUGUACUUGGCAGCCUUGGCAGAAAUUUAGACCCACCUGAUAGUAUCUGAUCCCCCUUGAGCAGUGUUUUCCAAACUUGGGUCUCUAGCUGUUUCUGAACUACAACUCCCAUUAUCCCUGACCUGAUUCAGCUAGCUAGAGAUGAUGGGAGUUGUAGCCCCAAAACAGCUAGAGACCUACGUUUGGGAAAUGCUUCCCAAGAGAGAGGGUGUGUGGAAGCCUGUGGCCCCACCAGAUGUUGCUGGAGUUCCAACUCCCAUCAUCCCUGACCAGUAGCUGGGGGGCAUGCUGGUUUGGAUGGGAGGGAGUUGGGAGCCCCAGCAGCAUACGCAGGGCCAUAUAUUCUUCAUCUGUGGUCCAUGCCCUGGAUUUAAGGGGGUGGGAAGCUGGGGGUUUGCAAACUGCUAAGACAUGCAUACAUUUUUCAUUGAGUUACGCCUCCCCCCCCCUUUGGCUUGAGACCAGGAACUUGCAAAACACAGAGUGCCCUGGGUGAUAUGAACAUCCACCUUUUUUAUUUUAAUAGUGCUGUUUCACUGUAAAUGUAAGUUAAAUAGUGAUCUAUUAUAUACACCUAUAUAUCUUGAAAAACACUAAUUUUUAGAAGGUGUUAGCCUAAUUAUUACGUUGCAUGAAUAGUAAAGCUAAAAAGCCCAGCAGGAUGCAACUUUUCACAUUUUUGUUCUUGAACUAGGUGUGCAAACCUGGUGUCGAAAAAUGACAAGGACAGCAGUGAGUGCAUUGGAGAACUGGAACUAAUAGGGUGGGAAUUGUUAUGGGCUUAAUGGAACAUUGUGGUGUGCCUCCCCCCUUUUGCAAAUUACAGAUUUAGGGCUAAGAUUGGUACAACCUGUAAUUGCUGCUGCACAAAUAAUUGCCUGCUUUCCUUUUGUUGGUACUUUUUGAUCUUCGGUGAUCCUUUAUCAAUCAGCAGGGUAUAGCUUAACUCUGUCUAGAGAGCUGCCGUUUUGACACAUUGAUCCAGAAAUUUGAAUAAGCAAAUACAUUGCCAAAUUGUGCUGCUUUCUGUUUUGAAAAGCCUGAAGAGCUGCCUUGUAGCAUACUUGGUUUUUUGUUUGUUUGCUUAAUUCUAAAAUCUUGUGGAUUAAUUUGACUAUUUGCAUUCAAUCUCUGGAAGGUGGCUUCUUCCAUCUCGGUUCCUAUCUUGUUUUCUGGAUUGUGGAAGCAAAACUUGACCUUGCUUUUUUCCCCCUCCAAAUUUUUUUUAUUGAUUUUUCCAAAAAUUUUUAGACAAACAAACAUAAGUCUUAACUGUACUUAAUCCAAUCUUAGUAAUAUUUUUAAGUGACUUCCUUGAAUCCCCCUGGCUGAAUUUCAGUCUAUAUUAUUAUAACAGUUUUCCAAAAUUGACCUUGCUUUUUAUGGGUUUUCAAGAAUUAUGUAUCCCUUCAAAGUGUCACUGAAAUUGGCGAGAUACUUUUAAGGAGCAGCAUCCCAACUCAAGAUACUUAAGUCAUGUUCACACUCUUAAUUAAAAAUGUUUGAGUAGUUUCCCCUCCUCUACCCUCAAUUAGGCCCCCUUGACUUGGAUUGGCAGCCGUUUGAUUAGAAUUGUGCCUCCAUUAAAUGAAGCAGUUUGAACCUUCUUUCCUGGCACUGCAGGAAACCUAAGCAGAUCUGAAAUUGCUGCACAGGGUAACAAGAGCAACGUUUCAGUUCCUACAAUGCACUGACUGUUCUUGCUGUAUCUUAUUUGUCCAAACGAUAUGGAGACCUUGUUUUUGAUGGGAUGGGAAGUUAAAAGAGGACGAAAAAAUAAAGAGAGAGAAUAUUCUUUUGUCUGAUGUUUAUGAAGCAAAAAACUACUGUAAAUAACUGUUUUGGAUUUUUUUAAUCAAUAAAGUUUUUUUAAAAACACACCACACCUAGUUUGUAUGGUCUCUGUGCAGAAGAACUCGGACCUUCCUCUCUGGCUCUUUGCAUCCAGUGUUGUGUGAAUGUACGUACAGGUGCAUACAGUGAAUGCCCUUAACCCUAUGCAGAGGGUCAUAAAAGCAGACAGCAGAAUUCUGUAAUGUAGAAGCUUGAUUGGUGAAGGACUUUGGCAUAUACAGAACACAACUUAGUCAUUUCAUCUUAGUGGCAGGUGUGCUAGCAUAUUGAAAAGGGGAGCUCUCACUGACAGAAUCAGAGCAACAAUCCUUGACAUUUCUAAAGUAGGCCACGUACCAUUUUUGUACAAAAUACUUUGUCUUUUCAGUGCCCUUUUUUUUGGUAGUCACAUUGGCACCCUGCUUCCUGAACAAAUCAGUGGCAAGAGGGUUGUGCCCCCUACUUUGGGCAGAGGGGGUUGAAUUUUUUUAAAGUGUCAUAAAUAUAUCAGGAGAAGGGCAGGCAGGCAAAUGGUGCACUGCUAGAGAGAGCUCUGCCCUCUGCAUCCAUGAAAUCUUCUGCAUCCAUGGGUACUAGUUCUUCCUCCAUGUUCACAAUUACGACCAGUUGCUGGAAAUCACAGGAGUGGGAAGAACAGAAGGACUCCUGUGCUCAGAUCCUGCUUCCCAGUUUCCUACAGGCUUAUGGCCACUGUGAGAACAUUUGCAAAUAACUCCUCUGGGUAUAAAAACAAACCACCUGGUGGCAGGCUAAAGGCCUGUCAAAAUGAAAAAGUGGUGGAAACCAUCAUGGUGGUAUGCAAGCUGGACCUGCAAAGGCUGGCUAUAGACCAAAGCAGAGGAGGUUAGUCAAUGCCAGCCUUUAGGAGUAAGUUUCCUCCUCUGAUGGUCUGAAGGGCGUUGGAGAGGGACCUGGGUGCACCCCUGGACCCAGCUAAAUUGGGUAAAAUCUGGACCAUUGACCCCAGUCUCUCAUAACAAGAGUUUUCUUAGACUCUUGGAUUCACAGCUCAGUUAGACUGGCCAAUACACACUGGACUGAGCAGCCACUUGAUGUUGGAAGGCUGCAGAAGGCAGGAGAUUGAUAAAAGAUCCCAACUCAAAUAUAAUAAAUGCAAAAAGAAUGUAGAUUAAAAUAAUCCUAGGUUCUCUCAAAGACAAACUUGGAUGGGUGUUUUUUUUCAGGGUGGGGGAAGCCUAUGCAAAAUUCAUGCACAUUCAGGAGGAUCUAUUUUCAUUGUACUGUAUCUUAACUCCUUGGUAGAAACAAAGCAUCUGUCUGUGUGUGUGUUCUCCCUGUCCUUUGGGGAGAAGGAAGGGUGAUUCGGGGAAAGGGGGAGAGAAGAAACCGGAGACGAUUCCUAACAUUCUAAACAAGCCCAUGGGCUGGAAAGGGUUGACAACCCUUAUUUACGGAAGCAUGCUGGAAAAAGCCUGCAUCAAAAAUUAAUCUGAGCAUCCUCAUUCCACACAUCAGACAAUAGUUAAUUGUAGGUGGCCAACAUGAACUUUUGCAGAAAUCAAAACAUAAUUCUGCUCUGCAUUCUCAGGACUAUCACUCAGGGUCUUCCAUUACUUCCUAUUCCUCCUACAUUUGAUCUUAAAGAUCACCGCUCUUUGAAGAAGAGCAACAAGCUAAGUCGCCAUCCUUUGUGAACUAAGCAGCUCUUCUGAGUGUGCUCUGAGGCAGUGGCCAGAGAUGGACUCAUGCCUCACUGGAAAUGCUACACUCAGCCAAUAAAAUGAUCUCAAAGUCAGGGUAGGGAAAAAGAUAUAAUUACAUUUGAGAAGAUUGCAGCAGCACUUCUUACCUGGCUUCCUGUGUUUCAAGUGGGUAAUAAGCAGAACCAAACUGAGUUUACACUCUGGUAUUACAAUAUCCAUAG